UUGGGGAUUAGGGUUUAUAGCGAAGUUGAAUGUGCAGUGGAAGAGGUUCGAUUUCAAUUGGCUAGAAGAUGAGGAUUUACAUAGGGGGAUUGGGAUCGAGCGUGCAGGAAGACGAUCUGAAGAAGAGGUUCACCUCAUCUCAGCUAGGCACGGUGGAAUCCGUUGAAAUUAUUCGCAGCAAAGGUCGGGGCUUUGGAUACUUGGAAUUCGUUCCUGCUUCGGAGAAAGGACUCGCCAAGCUUUUCAGCACGUAUAAUGGAUGCGUGUGGAAAGGGGGGCGGCUUAAACUCGAGAAGGCCAGAGAGCACUACCUUUCUCGCUUACAACGUGAGUGGGAAGAAGAAGCUGAACUUAAGAGCAAAUCAUCCGGGCAGGAUGCCGAUGAAGAUGUGAGUGCGAAGGCACUUGAGAAACCAAAAAUACUGCAAGAUAUUGACAAAAUGCAGCUCAAGUUAUUUUUUCCCAAGUUAAGGAAGAUAAAACCGAUACCAUUAAAAGGAACCGGCAAACAUAAGUACAGUUUUCAACGGGUUGAAGCUCCUUCCUUGCCAAUCCACUUUUGUGAUUGUGAGCAGCAUUCGGGGCCUCCGGUAGCCACAAGAAAUCGGAAAGAACAGUGGGAGAUUAAAGAUCGGGAGAUAGGCAUUUAUGAGGUGAAUGAGAACGAGCUUAACAUGAUGAAGACAAUAUUGGACAAUCUUUUGGCUAAAGAGAACUUCUCGAAGAAAAUUGGUAAUGAGACCGAUUUCACCGAGGAACCGAAUAAUGAUAUCAUUGAUUCGGACAAUAAGGAUGAAAUGAGCGAUGAGGAUGACCUUUUAAUUAACAUGACGAGCCGGUCUAGUAAGAGAGUUGCUGUAUUAGAGGACUGGGGGCAGAAAACAACUACAUUAAAAAAUCAGGAUUUUACUAAACCCGUCGACGAAAUGCGCGGAAAUAAAAAGGGGAGACUUCUUAUUGACAAGAAAAGGAAGCUAUCCGACGAAUCUGAAAUAAAUGCUGCUAAGAGGGCUCGGCAUAGCAACAGUGACGAUCCCGUUGCUACGAACACUGAACAAACAGAUACGGAAUUAAGUCGAGAUGCGACGAACUCACGUAAGUCGGCGUGGAAAGACCUGGUCAGGGAGAAAGGAGUUGGUGCUUUCCAUAUCUCGGAUAUUUUUUCGAUUCGUAAUCCUGAAGCUGACGUUGGCGAAAAAGUCGAGCAGGAUGAUGAUGACCGAUCGAGAGAAGAAAAAGAGUCGAAACCCUUGCUCGACGAUCAAUCUUCCGAACCUACUAUGGUUGACGAUAAAACGACAGCCAGAGGCGCCGCGUGGCUGCAAAAGUCGUCGUGGUUACAACUUGUUGCGGAUGCGAACGCCUUCAGCAUUGGCCAGAUUUUGCCCGGCGUUACUUUCGAAAACCCCGAAUCUCAGCUAGCCGAAAACGCAAGUUCGAAUUCGAGAAGCGACAUUGUUGAACCUCGAGGAAGUGAUUGUAAAGAUGUCAAAAGUUCUCGAGACGACGAUCGAUCGGAUUCUGAUUCUGAUUCGAAGCAGGCGGUCGAAAACAACGACGAGGCCUUGAAUUAUCGAGCAAUCAGCGACGUCGUCGUGAGUGAAACCUGCCCGUUCAUGAGGAAUGCGGCGUCGUUGAAGGAAUGGACGAAGACAAAGGCGGCCUUAAGUGGCGCCCGUAAGAAAAAGGGAAAGGGAAAGACACCCGACGAAGAAAACUUCUAGAAGCUCGAGGAAUUCGCAAUUUCCCGGAAAAUCACCGUCUCUUCGACCGGAUCACAAAAUCGACGGCGGUAAAUGGUUGAGUUACUUUCGUGACAUUAUUUCAUCCGCUUUUUACGUCGAGACUUGACCGGAUAGGUAUUUGAGUUUGAGUAGGAAAUUAGUUGUCAUUUCCGGACAGGAUUCGGAACUAAUCGGGAGGUCGGGAAGUCGAAUGUUGGUCCCGGAAAGGAAAGAAAAUAAGGUUAUGGAUAUGGUGGUACGUACGUAUGGGAGAGUUUUAAGACAAUGUGGAGACGCAUGAAAUUGGUAGCACAAGUAGACAAGAAAGGAAGAAGAGGUUCUUCAAUGUAAGAAAUAGUUCAGUUCCCUUUCCCCUUUCUGUUGAAAAAUCUCAUCUUUUGUGUAGUGUACUAUUAAUGCAUAAUCUUCGCAACCAACGAAUUAUGGCUGUUAUGUAUUACUUCCUUUUUUAGUCUAUGUAUGGAUUUACGGACGGGAGUUUGAACU